GAACAAGAUCUUAGGCGACGAGCAGAUGCAUAUUAAUGUGGAGGACUAAACCGGGUAUUUCUAAUCGCUCUUUGAAACACAUUUAACCACUCACACAAACACGUUACGAAAUAUAAGCAAGCUUUUAAACCUUUUCCUCCUUUAUGUUAUUUAUGCUUUCGAGAGUUCAUCGCACUCUCAUAGUCGUAAAUCAACUACGUAUUUCUAACUUGUCUAAGAACCAUUCACUAAUCUCAUCUAAUAACUCAUUCACCUUAAUUGUAAUACCAAUUGCGCUCCCUUUCCCGUGUUUCCUCCACAAAAGUAAGGCAAGAAAUAAACGAGGACACUUCUUCAAACUCACUGAGGAAUGUAACAGGCGGGGCGGGUGACGCAUCGUUAUGAUUCAUGAUCAGCUAAUAGACUGACCAACCAACGACCGACCCACCGAGCCACCGAUCUUUCUCAGUGCGCCACGCAAUCCAAGCAGAGGCUAAGGAAGCAUGCACUGCCAUUCGUGAUCCGGAAAAAUCAACAUGGAAGUUUAAUGACAGAACUUUUGCGAUGCGGAUGGAGGAAUGCAUGAGGCGAUGAAUAUGGAGUGUGCGAAACCUCUCGGAAAGACGGACAAAGGGAAACAAAAGAGGAUCGUGAAGCGGGGCCCAGCGCGGAACAGGUAGCAUUCGACAGCGGGCUCACUGGGAAAGAAGGACUUGAGGCUUACUUUUCCGCCGGUCCUUCUCGACUCACCCUUAGCCAUGGGACCCUCUCAGGAGAAAGGAGAGUACGAGGUGUCCGGGCCUCAAGGGACAGACCUCUACCAGAACCGGCAGGUGGCGCUGCCACCUCUAUCUCACACUCCGGUGAGCGAGGCCCCUUCUCACCCUUCGCAAGGAGGCGGGUCCCUACGUCAGCGACGAUCCAGGGCCAAGUCUGUGCUGUACCCUUACAUCCACGGCCAGACACGAGGAGCGGCGGGAGCGCAGGCAGCCUCCAGGGGCAGCUCCGCCACCGCAAUGUCUGCCAAGUCCAAGGAUGACUCGAGGAUCCACUACGAAUACGAACUUAAUGUUGAAGAACAGGAAGAUCCCAGACCGAAAGCGAUGGCCCAGGACAGGUGGAGGGCGCUCAAGGUUCGGUUCUUCCGCAAUGGGGACCGCUACUACCCUGGCUACGAGUAUGUGUUCAAGCCUGGCCGAGACGUGGUCAACAUGGAGGCUCUGUGUGACAAGAUCUCAGACAGGAUCGGUCUCAUUAACGGGGCUCGCUACAUCUUCGGUUUAGAUGGACGGCGCCGCUACAGAAUUGAGGAGCUGGAGGACGGUGAAUCUUACGUCGCCUCCUCUGACAGAAAGUUUGUGAAUCUGGCAUAUGGGCGGCAGAGACCAGACUGGAAUCCUAGUAACGUUAGCGACAAUGCUCGGGCAGGCUCACCUCUAGUGCGAGAAGUUACCAAGAAGAGUUCCGCGGAGAGUAACAAAUCUGGAAACAGCAAACCUGGCUCCAGGGAAGGACGCACCAUUAAGAUCAUCAACAAUCUAGACCAUUCGCAAGAGAGAACAGUUCUAGUCAACAUGAAGACCAUCAACUUAUGGGAGGAGGUUGUGAAGGAUCUGGGGCGAAUGUUCAGAUUGACGGGACACCUGCAUCUGUUUACCACCUGGGGACAAGAGGUCAAAAGCUUCUCCCAGUUCAAGAAUGACUUCGCCAACGUGGACACCUUCUACGUGAGCGUGAAUGACACCAACUUGCCUGUUCGCUCGACCCACCCAAGCCACCCAGCCUCUAACGGCGGCUCGGCGACCUCCAGCGCCGUGGCGAGGCCUGACGCAUCAGCAGGAGCGGGAGACAGGAGGCGCUCGCUUUCAGAGGAGGAUGAUAAGCGAGGAGUAAGCAGGCCAGACAGACGGAGCAGCAGAAUGAACAGCAGACGGCCUCCUCUUCGACGGUACACCAGCGAACCCACACUGAAGGAGGCCGUUGAGGAAAGUGACGAAAUAGAAGAGGUGAGCGAUGGAAGAGUAGCCAUAGUCACCAUCAAAGGGCAGAGGCGAACGCUAUACGCCCCGAGGAAUCCCGUUGCCUAUGUUCCUGCGCCGCCUCGGGCAAGACUGACGCUCGACUGGGUCUACGGGUACCGAGGUAGCGAUACGAGGAAAAACCUGUGGGUGCUGCCGUCAGGAGAACUACUCUACUAUGUGGCCGCUGUCGCUGUCAUCUUGGACCGUGAGGACGAUGUACAACGCCACUACACCGAACACACAGAAGACAUCCAGUGCAUGGCUCUCCACCCAACGCGUGACCUAGUGGCGUCAGGACAGCGUGCCUCUCGCGGCCGUAGAGCCACCGCACAUGUGAGGGUGUGGCACGCACGCUCCCUCACCACUCUGCACGUGCUGGGAAGGAAGGAGCUGGGGGCAGGCAUCCUUGCUGUGGCCUUCUCCUGCAGGAACAACGGGGACUUCCUGCUGGCGGUGGACGCGGACAAGGAACAUCUGCUCUCCGUCUGGACUUGGAACAACGAGAAAGUGUUCGGCAAGGUGGCGACCCAUCAGGACCACGUGUACGGCGCCACCUUUCACCCCCUCGAUAACAACCUCAUCAUCACCUAUGGCAAGGGUCUCCUCUCUCUGUGGGCGCGGCGAAAGGAUGGUAUCUUCACGCGUUCAGACCUUGUGCAGGAAAGCUCAGGCCGGACAAUCACGGCACUGGAGUUUACGCAGGACGGGGAUCUGAUCACCGGAGAUCUUGAGGGUGUGAUGACUGUGUGGAGCGUGGACGAGGACGGCGAAUAUUACGUAAAGAAGGAAUUUCAGGCCCACUCCAGCGCCAUCAAUGCUCUCAAGAUGCUUAGCGAGGGCACGGUGUUGUCAGGAGGAGACAGGGACCGUAAGAUCAUUGCUUGGGACUGUGACGAAGACUUUGAGAAGAUCACGGAGACGAGGGUGCCGGAGCAGGCGGGAGGAGUGCGAUCCAUCUACCCGCAGCGGCCCGGACACAACGACGGGAACGUGUACGUCGGAACAACCAGGAACAUGAUUCUUGAGGGCUCCCUUCAGCGACGUUUUAACCAGGUGCUGUUCGGGCACAGCAAGCAGCUCUGGGGCCUUUCCAUCAACCACAUGGACAGCUCGGUGGCCACGGCGGGCUACGACAAGCACAUCGUCAAGUGGAGAGACACACAGCUGGAGUGGCGGAUCCAGGCACAGAGCGAGUGUGUGAGUGUAGCAGUCCAUCCUCAGGGCACCAGGAUAGCGGCGGGCACCAUUGACGGACACCUGGUGGUAGUUAAUGGACAGACAGGACAGAGGGUCACCACGCUAAGGGUUUGCGGAUCACCACUCUCUUGUCUGGCUUAUAAUCCUGGAGGAGAGCUGCUGGCGGUGGGCUCACAAAACGGGUCGGUGUACUUGUAUCGUAGCACCAAGGACGGAUACGUGUACACCCGCAGCGGCAAGAUGGCAGGAGGGCAGCCUCUCUCCACCAUAGACUGGAGUACCUCGGGCCGCUAUCUGCAGACUGUCACGGCUGAUUACGAUGUGGUCUAUUGGAGUCUGGUGGACUUAGCAAAGGUCAAGAACCAUCAAGACGUGCGCAACGAAACCUGGGCCACUCACACCUCCCCUCUGGGCUUCAUGGUGCACGGUAUUUGGAGCGGCGGAAGGGAUGCGCCCGUGCAGGUGACAGUGGACCGAGGACCACGCGGGGACGUACUGGUUGCCGGAGACACAGAUGGUUUCAUAAGACUGUACAGGUACCCGGUGCUCAGUGCCAGCUCCGGCUACCACGAGUACAAGGUCUACACCUCAUAUGUGUCAGCCCUGCGUUUCUCCCACACUGACAACUACAUGUACAGCAUCGGGGGCACGGACGCCGCCCUCAUGCGCUGGCGUGUUACCUAGUUGUUGAUGGUGCCCUCCUUGCCCUUGCUUUUGUUGUCAAUGCUACUGCAGCACUGCCUCUAAUGGUGAGCAUUUCUGUGCGACGUCACGGCCCUCAUUGUCGAGCGUGUCCGCCCAACAGCAAGCACUGCCUAGCAGCCAGCUGGAUGGUACUUUGUGUCGCCCAUAGUAAUGAAGUACUCAAUUAAGGUGGUGAUGACUCAUGUGGCGGUUCAGGCUGUCCCUGACCGCUCUAACACACACACACACACACACACACACACACACACACACACACACACACACAUGUGUUGUGUCACCGGACGGCUCCAGAUAUUAAACCCUUGGAAUGCUGAGCUAAUGGACAUUUUCAUCCUACUUGAGUAGCUGCACACAUCUUGAAGGAACUCCACCGUCACCGCAAACAAAAUAUCGCCAUUACUUUACUACCCUCAAUUAUGGAAGCGAUGAUUGAUGGCUGAUAGUUACAAACGCAACUCUGGCUGGAUAUCCAGAGCGCAUUGUGGCACUGGUGUGCAACUAGUGAAAGAACUCUUCACUUUCCUCCUAAGAGAGAUGCAUCGUAGCGAGAAUGUAUGGACGGACGUGAAGUCUCACCAUCUCGUCGUGCACAUCCUCGCCUCCGUAAUGUUUGUUGUGCUCAUGUCCCUCUCUCCGGCCACACCAGAGACAAAUGUGAUAUUCUGCCGCAAAUCUUCAUCUCAUGUCUGUGCUUACGCUAAAUGUUUAGAGGUUUUCAAAUCUAAUGGUCAUAAAAGCUAUACACUUCCUUAUCCUAAGAAAACAAUACAUAUCUUCAUUCUUUGUACAUACAUCGCGCACCUCGUAGUAUUAUUUGGCACAUGGUCUUAAAGUCAACAUUAGGGCAAAACGAUUCAUCAUCAUUAUAAUAUAGAUAGUUCUGAAGCACUGCUUGUUGAGAUGAAAAGAACAGAAGAGGAACACAAAACUUUUAGCAACGAAAAUAGAUAGAGAGAUACAUUCCGCCGCGCUGCAUAUUUUGACAGCUCGCUGGCAGAGCAAUUGUUGAACGGCGCGGCGGCGACACUUUUCACUGCACCAUCCUCACCCACAAGUGCUGGACCACGCCAACCACUACCACCACCACCCCCACCAUGGCUGCAAGACCUGCCUCCUCACCACUAGUUACAUCAUAAGUCAUGCAUUUCCUUUUGGGUACUCACACACCUCCCAUCCACUAUUGUAGUUAUGACCUGCAAUGUUCACCAUAUAUGAUCUCCGUAAUCAUGUACUGUACAUCUCAGCACAAAGUUAUGGAGUAAGUCAGGCAAGGUCGAGUCCGCUUGGCACUAUCUAAUCACUAUAAUAUUGUCUCAGGAGAGGAGCAUCAAGACACUUCCUGAAGCAACCUGACCAUUCUGAUUGGGGAGCGUCAGUAAGGAAAGGUUUUGUUUGUUGCAUAAAAUCAAUCUUUAAAGCCCUGAUCCAACUUCUUUUACACUUGAACAUAUAAACAAGAAUAAAACAUAAAUAAAAGCUCCUGCAGCCAACGAAAAAAAAAGUUAACAAGGUAUCUGAAGUUAACUCGAAUGAGAGAGAGAGAGAGAGAGAGAGAGAGAGAGAGAGACCAUACCCAAGUCAUAAUAAUGUAACAAACAAUUAUACUAUAACAUGGAAACUCAAGAGAUUAGGACCCAAGCGCGCGCACACACACACACACACACACACACACACACACACACACACACACACAUAAAACUGCUUCUCAAAGUUGUUCCUACAGUUCUCCUUGGUUUCAUCAUAAAACAAUGCAUAAGUUAGUACUCACAAACGCACACUUACCGAGAC